UGACAUUGCGUGUCGCGCCAGAUGACCAAUUAUGGCUGCCGGGGUUCGAGGGAGUGAUGUAUUCGAUGAUUCGAACGUAAUGUUUUGGUUUGUGUCAACGUGAAUUCUAGCCAAAAACCACAACUUUACAAAACGUCUGUGGCGUUUUAUUGCUGUAAGGAUGUCUCUCGAGACGCAGGACGAGCAAUGGAAGUUGUUCCUGGAAGGUUCAAUGUUUGAAGACCAUUUUGAAGAACUGGAAAAGAUCUGCCAGGAGGCGUACGGCGGACACUCGGAACUCUUCGACAACGAGUUCUUACGGCCGAUGUGCCUCUUGCUGCAAGAGCUCCGUGCAGCGGCAGAGAAAUUCUUCACAACUCUUGGAAAAGAAGAAGAAAAAUGGCUGCCAUGUUACGAAAGAUUUGUCACCUCCGUCAUUCACUUAUCACGUUUGAACAUUCCAUUGCACAAAGGAGAUUUUUACAUGCAUCUUAACUUCGGCUCGCCCGGGGAGAUAAUCAUUAAAUAUUACAAUUCUGGCGAGAUUUCGUCUCUGCCUUUAGCAAAGAGCGAAUACGAGAACAUUUGGGCUCACAAUUGGACAGAACGGAUGUCACAGCAAAUGAAACAGAGGUUUCUGUUCAUGAACUGCAUCGUAACGGGUCACGCAAGCCGUGGUCUCGAGCGACGACCCUGGAGAUAUUUGAUGGCGUUUGAUACGGGGCAUAAAAGGCGAGAUAGCAGGGACUUUAGUGAAGAGUUGAGCCCACGAGCAAGCAGCGCGAGUGCGUUUAGUUUGUUCCUGGAUCUCGGAGCUAAACCAAUGAGCGCACUGGAUGUGAAUUUUGAGGUCUUGCAUAGUCUGGUUAUAUGUAUGCCAGGAACGAGGGACACAAGGGGUGCGCCGGUGAUAUUCUUGGAUGCGGGGAAACCUGAAUGGCAGUUGCCGGAUUUCAACAGCGAAGAAAUAGCUAGAGUGUGUUUAUAUUUUUAUCAAAUACCAAGGGAGAAAAUUUCAAAGCUCGGUUUAUCUGUCGUCGUGGACACAAGGAACGCUGACGAUAAGAAAAAGACAUUGCAGGUCAUUGGAGAGGCUUUAAUAUACUUUGAGGAGAUGCGUCCAGGCAGUAUCCAUAUUGCAUACAUCUUGGGUAGGAAGGAUUCGUACCUGUUGAUGUUCAGUGCAAAUAAAUUGAAGGAACAAUUAAAAUUUCAGUUCAAGCUUCUUUCAUCCUUCGAUGACUUAUUGCCUUCGAUUAACUUGGAUCAGAUUCCCACGACAUUUGGAGGAAGUUUCAACUACGACCACGAUGCCUGGUUGCAGUUUAGACUGAAACAAGAGCCUUUUAUGGCUGGCUGUCGCAGUGCGACGAAACUUGCUCUGGCCGCGGUCGAUGAACUGGGGAUAGGAAAAUGCGGGGAAACGGUGGAGGAAUGCCAGGAACUUUUGGAACAACACGAGCGCAAAGUCACGGCGGUAUUUUCCGAUAGUCGGCUUUCGGCGCUGCAGAUGGAAGGGGAGCAGCUUGUCGCGAAUAUGAAACAAACAGAUGUGUCGGAUAAAACGCCCGAUUGGCAGGACACGAUGGAAAUCGUUGCGAAGCUGUAUUUCAAGAUGAAUCAGGUUUUUUCGAAGUUGGAUGUUUUGUGUAGGAAAAGAAAGCGAGAGCUGGAAGAUUAUCUGCAGUUGAAGUGUUUCGAUCAAGAGCAUGCCAAGGUAAUCGAGUGGUUUGAUACCGUUGGUAUACCGUAUAUUGAAAAGCCAGUGGAGCUGGCUGAAUCCUACAGCCAAGCAAUCAGCCAGCAUAAUAGUUUGGAAAAGUUUAUUACACCCGCCAAGGAGUUCAUCUUACAAGCCCAAGAUCUGCUCGAGGACGGCAGCAGUAUUGCGCAAUCCGGUUGUGCUGACAGCAUUAGCGUUAAAGAAAUGUGCAAAGUUUUGAAAACUAAACUAGACAAUUUCACGGAGAAACUAGAAGCGCGGCGAAUCGCUCUUGUAUCGUGUAUGGAAUUUCAUCAAAUGGUCAGACAGUGUUCCAACUGGAGUAUUCACGCGUUAAAACACAUGGCUUUGAUGAACAUGGAAGCUUCAAAUACGGCUCAAGGCGUCGCCUCACUUAAGGACAACAUGGAAGGUUUUCUCCAGGAGUUUCCGAUGUGGCCCGAAGAUAAAUUGAACAAGCUAAACGAGCUUUCCGGGAAACUGCCAAACGAAGAGCUCCAGAAUCAAGCGGAGAAAUGUACUUCUGAAUAUAAAGAAGUCGAAGAUAUGUUUGUAAGGCGACAGGAGACCCUUCAAAGAGCCGCUGUUAGGGUUCAGAUACCAGGAACGGUGACAAAUGGUGUGAGCGAAGGCUCGUCAUCCACCUCGACUUCCAAUUCCACAUCAGGAGUUCACGAAGAAGAUGGAGAACUGGACAGUGAUGAUGACGAGAAAUUAGAUCUUCCCGAAGAUUUAACUCCGACGAAGAAAGUCGACAGAAGCGAUAGUAACGACGAACAGCAAGCACUGUUUUAUAAUCUUAAAGAUACAAAUGGCGAACUAGACGAACAAAGCUAUCACGAGCUAUCGCCGAAAACAAAAGAGAAACUAAAGUACAUUGUUGGUGAAAUGGUCGAAACGGAACGAGAUUACGUCAAAGCUUUGGAGUAUAUCAUCCAGAAUUACGUCAAGGAGAUGGACAGCGAUGCUCUGCCCGCGUCGUUGAGAGGAAGGAAAAAUAUGGUGUUUGGAAAUAUCGAGAGAUUGUACGACUUUCAUCAACGGUACUUUUCACAAGAGUUAGAAAGAUGCGUUGAGCGACCCUUUCAAAUUGGAGGGGCAUUUUUAAAAUGGGAGCGACAGUUUUUCCUGUAUGCUUUGUACAACAAAAACAAACCAAUUUCGGACGAACUGCUUCGUGACCACGGCAGCGUGUACUUCAGGAAAAGACAAGAACAGCUUCAAGAUAAGUUGGAUCUUUGUAGCUACCUUAUCAAACCUGUUCAACGGAUUGGAAAAUAUGCUUUGCUUUUAAGGGAUAUGAUAAGAGUCAUCGAGAUUGAUUCACCAUGCACAACCCAUCUACGGCACGCGCAGGAAAUGGUGAAGUCUCAAUUACGUCAUGGAAAUGAUCUCUUAGCAAUGGACUCGCUACGAGAAUGUGACGUAAACGUUAAGGAACAAGGAAGAUUAUUGCGCCAGGAUGAUUUUAUCGUCUGGCAAAGUAAGAAGAAACACUGUCGAAGAGUAUUUUUAUUUGAAGACAUGGUGCUAUUCAGCAAGACGAGAAAGCAAGCUAGUGGAGCGGACAUAUUCAUCUAUAAAAGUUCCCUAAAGACUGCAGACAUUGGGCUGACGGAGUCCGUUGGUGAAAGUGGUUUACGAUUUGAGCUUUGGUUUAGAAGGCGGAGGAACGUUAAAGACACUGUUAUUCUUCAGGCCAAAAAUAUGGAAAUCAAAACGUCCUGGGUGAUUGAAAUUACGAGAUUGCUAUGGCGACAGGCGGUCAGAAACAGAGAGUACGGGCUCGCUGAGGCCACCACAGGGAUCAGCGUCGGCAGUCAACCCGGGGAACAAGUUCCCACGACACGAUCCUCGAUGUUCGACGAAUCCUCGCACUUCAGCUCGACAAUGAGCAUGUCGGUGAUAUCCCACAAGUACCCAGGCCCCUACGCGAGCCCGCUUUUGAACAAACGUCGAAUCACGCGCCGAGUAAGCACGUUACGGAGAAGCAGCCACGAUCGCAAUGCGCUCGGCGAAAACAAGUCGUCGAGCGACCUACCGGCGACACACGUCGGCGCCACGACGGUUCAUGUUCGGAAAACAUCGGCGGACAAUAACUCCGAAGUUCAUGCGAAGCCCGAUGCAAAAAGGUCAAAAUCUGUACCGGUUGAGACCACGGAUUCCGGGGACGAACAGGGGUCGUUUGAACGCAAGGGUUCUCUCAGGCAACGAUUAUUUGGACCUCGUGGGCGAAAUAAAAUUCCAGAGUUUAGCAAAGCGUCAGAUAGCGGUGGCUCUUCCGAGACGUUGACGAAAAGUAACGAGAACUUAGAUUCAAAAAACAACUCAGCAUCUCAGAAUGCUGAGAGCAAAAAUAGCGGAAACAAAUUGACUAAAAGCCGGAAGUCUAAAAGUUCUAGCAAACAUAAAAAAGCGGCGCAAAGUGGCGAAGAAGCAAACGGUAAAGACGGGAAAUCGACGAAACGUAAGACAUUUAUGGGUCGGUUUACCAGUUCAAGACCGCUCAGUGUAGUCGAGGUUAGAGACAAUAGUUCAAAACAGAGCGCGCAUCACAGGACAAGGUCCGAUGCGAGCGUUGUGAAGAAAUGUUUAGAUGGUGAAACGGAAAUUCAAAGUUCACCGACGGAAAUCGUUCUGGAGGGCUCGCCGUCCAGCCCUGGUUAUCAUACUGUGGUUUGACAAAGUGAGGCAGAUAUAUUUUUUAUGAUAAACUAUGUACUAUAUUAGUAUUAAUAUAAGUUAAUAAUUUAAAUUUUUCUAAAACAAUGAAAUGUAUGUACAUGGAUUUGCUGAGCAUGAGCCAUUCAAGGAGCACUAGUCACUGCAGUAUUUUGUAUAUUUUAUCAACUUCAUGAUAAAUUUAUUAAUUCUACCAAAUUAGGUGACUUGAAAAAUUUGCAGUGUUUUGACUGUUUACAAACUUCCUAGUUUGCCCAAAGCUUUUUAUAGUAACAUGAACUAAAUUUACUUUUUACUCUUUACUGAAUUCACUUGGAAAGAAUUGACUUGUGUGUUUAUUGACCACCAUUCACUGGAACAAAAUGUUUCUGCUUAACCUAAGUCAACACAAUUCCAAGGUUGUAUUGUGGGCAAUUUGCAAAGAUCUAUGAUGCCACAGUUUCUUGCAAAAAAUUUCAGAACAUCAAGAAUUUUUCCGGUCACCUCUACUAAUCUAAUGCUAAAUUUCAAAUCUUGGAAAAUU